UCGGAUAACCGGUUAAUAUUUAAUUUAUUUCAAAAAUUAUUAUUUAAUUACUUGAACAGCACGUAUACAAUUUCACCAGUAAAUGAGUUUAUAUUACACGUAACCUACGUAUAAAUAUAAAAAAUUUAGAGAAAACCCUACAAAAAACAAAUGAACGUUAUAGAUAGUAGAUACCCAACUCAACAAAACAAAUGUCCGGUUCGUGCGCCCAUUUCGUAAGUUCCUCGAACGAUAAUUUCGAUCAACGCCCUUAAAAAUAUUGGUUUAAUUUACUUUGGCUGUAAAUAAUUGUUUUUUAGUUUUACACGUAAUCUAUUAAUAGUAUAGGGUUUGCAGUCGUUGCACUACGACCAGAUUUCGACGGGUUUUCUACUCCUAAUUUCUGAACCAGUAGGCGAAAAGGAAUCAAGUUUCAUUUUCUAUUUUCCAAGUGUUUUCAUGAGGAACGUUUAAUCGCAUGUACGUGCGGAACAAUUGGUAACCUUUUGUGUAUCGUGUCCAAUUUGUACCGAAGAUGACAGGAAAUAGAGAGCCCCUUUCACCCUAGAGACAGUGUUAUGGUAGUUUCCUUCGAUGUGGAGUUCGUCAUCUUAUAAACGAGGCACGAAUGGUUACUCCCAGGAGCGAGGUGUGCAAUGGUGAUAGCAAAGAGCAAGAGAGUUAAUCCACAUAUGAACAGCACAGUGAAAAAUAUGGAUUAUAACUGGACACCUGCUCCAGAACCGCCCAAUAACCAGGACGCGGCGGUGCCCAGGGCGAUCUUCAUUCCUCACUCCAACUCUUUGCCAUUUGACGAAAGACGCGUUUCAUUGGAACAACCUGUCAAGAUCGGGCGCAAUGUCUACCGGGCGACCGCUUCACCCACGAACACAAUAUUCGAAUGCAGAGUUCUGUCCCGACACCAUGCUACCCUUUACUACGAGAAAGGACACUUUUAUUUGGUGGACAAUCAGAGCAGCAACGGCACGUUCGUGAACAACAACCGGUGCACGCUGACGAAGGAGCCGCACGAGGUGUUCUCCGGGGACGUGGUGCAGUUCGGCAUCCCCGUCGUCGAGAAUGCCGGCAACACGGAGAAGAACACAUUUCCACCAGUGGUGGCGCUCCUCAAACUGUUCCACCCGGACGGCAAGGAGGCCAAGCUCUCCUUCAACCCCACCAUGACCACGCCGCUGCACCUCAAGGAGUUGUAUCAGCUCAACAACUUUGUACAGGAAGCGAUCCAGCGCGAGGCGUCGCUGGAGACUCGGCUGCGCACGCUGCGCGAGUGCGUGGAGCGGACGCGCGCCGACGCCGCCGCCUCGUGGGAGAUGUUCGUGGGCGAGCAGCGGCUGCUCAUGCGCGUGCACACGCUGGAGGCGAUGCUCGCCGCCGGCAAGCACCCCGACCACUACAGCGUGGCGCAGCUGCUCGCCGACAAGAGGAACUAUCAGGAAGUGGCGCAGGACAGCCUGCGCACAGCCCACGAGCAGAGGUUGGCGUUGGAGGAGUCGCUGGAGCGGCGCAGUCGCGAGGCGGCCUCGCUGCACCAGCAGAACUACACGCUGCGCCAGGCGGCCACCAACGCGCUGCAGGAGUUGCAGAAGCUGGCAGCGCGCUGCGACCGCAAAAUGUGCGCGGCGCGGCUCGCCAUCGCGGCCGCCGAAGAGCGCGAGCAGACGCUGCGGAAACAUCUGCCGCUCGCUUACUCAGUCCAAAACGGCGAAGCAAAGAUGCUGGUGGUGUCGACGGACAGCAACAAGUUGCAGGAGGCGAAGCGCGGCGGCUCGCUCGAGGACGCCAUCCGAGCGCUGCCCGAUUAUAUCAAGCUGUUGCUGCCUCAGAACUUGCUUAACAAGGUGGGUAUAAAGUCAAUAUCGGCCGAUGGGAAAUCAGCGAAGGAAUUUGAACUGAUACUGAAGAAGAACAAUAUAUACAAUUCAGAAGCUUUAUAUAUUACAGAGAAGCAACAGGCGGAGGAAGGAGACGUCAGCGGCAGCGGGGAGAAGACCGGGGACCUUUGUACUGACGACGAGAAACACUCGCGGCUCAACCACGAUGCAGGUCAUGAGUUGGAAUCUUUGAGCCCGUUGGACGGUGAACUCUGUCCCGACAAUAACGCUAACUCGACCUACACUGAUGCCGACUUCAAGGAGGAUUCGCCUAGCAAAGCCGGCGUCGAGUAUGCGAACGUCCUCCGUGUGAUGGCGGGUCUCAACGAGGAGAUCAAGGUGCUGCGCGAGCGGCUCGCGGCCGAGGCGGCGGAGAACGAGCAGCUGCGCGGCGUGCGCGACGAGCUGCUCGCCGCGCAGGAGGAACCGCGCGCGCCCGCGCCCGCCGACGACGCCGCCGCCUACCGCGCGCGCAUCGCCGACCUGCAGGAGCAGCUGUCGCGAUCGACAGUGGCGGGCGAGGCCAACCUCGUCGAGAUCCAGCGGCUGGCGUCCAGCGCGGCCGACAUGCAGGCCGAGCUCGCGUUCCGGCCGACGCGCGCCGACAUCGACGACCUCACCGCCGUCGUGGGUAAGCUGCGCGCCGACGUGCUGGCGCGCGACCGGCAAAUCGAGCGCCUGCAGGCCGACGUCGAGCGCCGCGCCACCGCCGACAAGGCCGUCGACACCGACGACCGCGCCGACGCCGACGACAGCGUCGACGCGAAGCAGAUCUCCGCCGAGAUCGACGAGAUGUUCCGGCUCGACUACGACGACGACGACGAGGACGACGAGAGCGAGUCCGUCGCCACCGAGAUCAACAAGGAGGCGGAGGAGCUGACGCCGAGCGAGUAUGUGCGGCUGCAGGACGACGUGCGGCUGCAGGUGACGCUGCAGAACGGCAGCCUGCACGCGCUGGAGGAGGAGCUGGUGCGCGCCAAGGAGCGCUGGGCCGAGGCGAGCGCCGAGCGCGCGCGGCUGGCGGCGCAGCUGCACUCGCUGCAGGGCAAGGCGCGGCCGAGCCUGGCGCACGUGGCGGCGCUGGCGCUGCCCGUGCUGCUGGCCUGCCUCUACUACCUGCUGCUGCCGCACAUCUCCUGAUGGACCGCCACGUGGGACCCGCCCGGGUACGCGUAACGCUGACGCCGCCCGCGACGCCGCCAGCGCGCCUCGUGGACGAACACACUUCUAACUUUUGCUCACUUUCAUUUAUUGUCUGUUUGAUCGACUUCCAUAAAGUGCUGAGGUUCGCGUUUCGGCGCCUGCAACGAAUAAUGUGCACUGUUGUUCUAACGAAAAUCUGUUGUUUUGUUUCGACGAAACAUGCUCGGGGGACACUGCAUUGGCGCACAACGGGAAAAAGAUUUUAACACUCAUACAGAAACCGUUGAAAUCGUAUCACGUUUUUUUUAUUAAUGUUUGGGUUUAAUAUUAAUAGUUUUAUCGAAAUAAUGAUGAAUUGAAAUAUACUUUUAUUUCGAUAAAUACUAAUAUUACAAGAAGUACUAUAAAAUCUUUUCCUAACCGUGCGCAUCUUGUGACUCGAUCGACCUCUGUAUAUGCAUUUUUCGAUUAUUUACGCAAAGCGACUGGACCGAAGAUAAUUUGGGUAAGAUUGUUGGUAAUGCUAAUUUAUUAAAUUCAGAAGCCUCUAUAAAAUAUUUAUGACUAGACUUGAAUUUUAAAAAUAUGCAUUACAAGAAUCUACCUUAUCGGAAAUAUCUACCUAAGAUGUAAUGUAUAACAUAAUGUAACGACUAAUAUUGUAAAGUAAAUUUGUAAAUUUUAAGGAAAUUACUGUUUCACAUAUGUAUAUCCCAUUUUGUCACUUUGGAAAUUACAAUUUUCUGACGACAUUGAUAUUUAAAAAUGCAGUUGUUUGCAACAAAACAAUGGGCUAUGCAUUGAUGUAAAUCGUAGACAGAGAAGUAAAUAGACGUAUGUGACACCACAUUUAGUUCGGUUUGGUUUUACAAGACAAUUUAACAGUUAAUGAACCAACAUCAUAAUAGGGGAGCCCGGGAUGCUAAAUUUGCAGUUACUCGAGAGUCAUGAAGACCGAUUGCAUUUGGUAGAUUAAAUUAUAGGAAGAAUAAAUGGUAUUUUCUAUUUUUGCUUUUAGCGGUGGAAUAAAAAAAGUACAGACUUUAAAAGCAAUUUUUAUUACUUUGGCUUACUGAAAUUGUCAGAAAAUUUUAGCGAUUAAUUAGGGGGUAAUUUCUUUUAAAAAACCGUAAAAAAUUAAUCGAGUUACAACUCGAGAAUCAAAAUAUAAGGGUUUUAUUUUGUAACUUUGAAACCCUCCCAUUCUAUUACGUUACGCUCAAAUCGUCAGAUUUUCGAAAUGCACAUUGUUUAGCUAUCAACUCGCCUACCUUAUCAUAAUCUGACGUGCUGGUUGAGUAUUUCCGAAGCUAGUUUUGUUUUUUGGUUUGCCCUAAACGUACCUACCAAUAUUAAGGGCUCAUACUUGGUGCAUGCUCAUACUUGCACGUUGUUGAGUACCUUACUCAACAACGUGCAAGGCAUAGUCCCUUAUGUUUAUCUGCCGCGCUCGAGUAACUGCAAAAAUCCCCUCUUCGGCUCUCCUACUAUAAGUAUUUGGUCUGAGUCGAAAAGUUGCGCAUUGUUGCAUAAUUAUUAUUUCUCUGUCUAUGAUGUAAAUUUGUACCUGUAUAAUUACGCUCGUGCUAGCCGUUUCCGGUCGAGGGUCGUAUUGCGAACAUAUUUACGGAAUUAGACUAAUUUAGUGUGUAUUAUAAAAGAAAAAUAAUUACGGAAUAGAAUAUUUCCUUAUUAUUGACCUUCGACUCGAAUACGAGGCUGGUUCGCGUCGCUCGGAAGUCGAAAUAGAAUUAAAGAGAAUAAUUUCAGCAGCGGUAUUCAUUUAAAAUGUAUAUUUUUUUAUUCAAAAAUUCACAAUUCUUAUCUAAUUUUUUUGACUUACUUUCCUAUUGAAACUUCAUGUCUGUCCGUUUGUAGUGACUAGUGAUGUUCACUGGUUAUCACUGGUUUAUGAUCACUGGUUUAAUGAGACGGUUAUGAAAGAUCAAUAGGGUCCUAGAUACCAGUCCUGGGUCGGGCUAUUAAAUAUUACUGGAUGUUUUUCUUCCACUAAUAAUUUCUAAAUGGUAGGUUUCCAGCAAGGGCGUGCACAAGGUUUUUAGUUAGGAUAAGCAUACAAAUUGUACUAAAUAGAAAAUUAAUUGAUUAUGAAACACGGCUAAAACUCACGUGAUAUUACGUCGGAGUAUGCCCGACUAGUUUCGAACCCAUACGGGGCCCUUAGUCAUGAGCUGGUUCUUGCAUCGCGGCACGAUCCAAACUGAGUUUUAGCCGUGUUUCAUAAUCAAUUAAUAUGAAUAACACUCACGAUAGUUUAAAUUCUAAAAUAGAAAAUUCCUUAUAAAGGUUCGUAAUGAGUCCUCAGGAUAAGCAGUGCAGUUUUGCAUUUAUAAAGCGCACGCCACUGGAGUCUCCAGUACCGCUUAACACAUGUAAAGCCAUUGAUUAUUUCGGUCCUGUGAUAUUGUUUCAUCAGUCUAUCAAUAAAUGAAAAAGAAAUUGCACCAGUGUUAGUUCACACUCUUGUGCACUUGAAUAUUUCCCGAGUAGUAUAAAAAUGAGGUUCACUGCCUUGUCUAAAAUUUGGUCUGUUUGACAUUUAUAUGUACAUUUACGUAUGUCCAGUGGUAGAAGGUUCGAUAGUUUCAUACUAAUUCCACAUCAUCACUUGCAGUCUAUGUGUAAGUGUUAGAAACGACCUUCACCCAUCUGUUUAAUGGAUGUAAAGUGUUUUAUAUCAAACUUAGUAUGUUAAAUAAUAUAUUGCGAGUAGGUUGCCUAAAAAUUUCCUGUCCAAACUAUUAUUAACUAUCAUUAAUGAGAGUUUGACCAGGAGAGGCAACCUACUCGCAACAUUUUUCAACAUACCAAAUUUGAUGUAAAACACUUUUCAUCCAUUAAACUGGUGGGUGAAGGUCGUUUCUAAUACAUAUACUUAGACUGCAAGUAAUGAUGUGGAAUUAGUAUGAAACCAUCGAUCUCCAAUUAAAAAGUGGAUGCACAAUCAAUGUCCCCAUUCAAUGAGUGAUAAACACAACUUCUUGGCACUCAAUUAAAGUAGUCGCAUUUGCAAAUUCAACCUUAAACUCAAUUCAUAUGGUUGAAUUUGCUCUGUAUUUGGGAUUUAAUUGAAUAUUGGACUAUAUUUAAUGGCCUUUAGGUAUAAUUUUCUUUACCAGUAAUUCUAAAUCUGUCAAAGCAAAUUUGACCAGUUUUAAAGUGAAAUUUUCUACAUGAUUGUGUGUCAUUUUAUUUUAUAAGAGGUAUGAAACAGCUGCUGUGGUUAUUCUGUAGGCUUGCAUCGAAAGUGCCAUUAUAGUGUUGGCGUCGCGGCGGUGUAAGAUAGAGUUGUUUCUGUAAAAGUGUCACUAUCCUAUCGAUAAAAAUAUAAAUUUGUUGUUACAUCUGCCAUAAUAAAUAACUUGUACAUUUUUAAUCUUAAGGCCUAACGACUGUCUUGAGUUUUAAUGGAUAAAUUAAUAUUGAAAAAAAAAAAAAUUAUGUCGUGCGAGCUUUUUGUAAAUUUUUCGAUCGUACGAUUUAUUAUCGAUGGCGAAGUAAAUUUCUCCUUGUUGAAUUGUGUAUCUAUUUUAGGAGUCGAUGUAGUAUAAGAGCGAAUGAACGAUUUCAUAUGCAUCGAAUAAAAUGUGAAAAUAAAAGCAAUAAUGUUAAAUAUAGACACGAUAGUAAGGUUCUUUGCUUAUAAUGAAUUGACCAGACAAUUGCUUAUUAUUAUCAAAUGAAUUUAUGGUACAAAUAUACGAAUGAGUUCUAUGAUAAGCAUAAAGACUUCGAUUUAAAAUGCUAGCGAAUGUACAGUGGCUUAUAAUGUAAGUAGCUUAUAAAAUGUUAUAGCCAAUAUGCAGAUGGUAUAUAUUUGUUGGAGUCAGUUCAUAAAUAGAGAAGAACGUUAAACGAUUUAUUAAAUUAAAUAUAAUAUGAUCCGAUGAAUAUGAAGGUCUCAUUCGUCUCGAACUCUUGUCGAAAGACUCCUCUACAAUCUCGUUGAGAAUUGUCAAAAAUCAGAUGGUGUUUUGACGAAUCACGUAUAGUACGUUUAACGGGGCGAGAUAAAAUACGUAAACACACCUGUGUGCCUAGUGGGAGUUUUCAAUAUUUUCAUACUGUUACUAUCACGUUGACGUAAACGCAAAUUUAUAUGGAAUUGAAACAGUUGUGCAGUAGUGCCACUAGAUGGCGCUGUUUCAAUUCUUUAGAAAACCGCGUUUACGUUACGUGACAGUAACAGUAUCAGACUGCAACUAGGCCCUCUGACUGUUACUAAGAUAUACGAAAGUAAGCGAGUAUCAUCUCUGUCUUGUGUAUCUGUGUGUUGUAAGAAAUCAUGUUCAGUUCAGAGCUCAGACUAAUUAGAUAAAGACCUGCCUCGCAAGACAUUAUUUUUCUGUCAAAGUAUAUGAUCAACGAUCUUAUACGAUUAUAAACACUGUCUUUAUAGAAUCGAUGUUUCAUAGUUUACAAUCGUGUCCGUCGGUUAAAAACCUCCGUAAGAAUACCUUCUUGUGUAGUUAAAUGGUGUAAAAAACGAACAAAAACUGCUGGUUUAGUAUAAGAUAUGUAUGAAAUCUAAGCUCGUUUUCCUUAGAAAAUGGCAGAAAAUUUUGUUCGUGAAAUUGGGUGCGAUACUAGUCCUUAUGUAUUUAGUCUGAGGUUCAGGGAGACAAAAAACGAGGCAAUUGUAAUUGAAUAUGUUUGUUCCUAUCGCACGACCUGUCAAAAACGCGAUCUCUUAGCGGUCGGACUUUCAUUUGUUUACGUUCUCUAUCUCGCGGCGUUGGACGUACUAUAGCUCAAUGAUAUGGUUAUCCUCAACGAGAAUGUAGAGGUGUGAUAAUAUAGUGUGUUCAUCGUUAUAAUAAUGUAGGAUUGUGUCGCGGACCGCAGCUAAACCGUAACAUCGCUUUCGGAAGCUACACAUAUCAAUUUUGUAUAAAUUCGCGCGGUACAGCGGUGUCGGCUCUUGGUUUAUACGUUUGGCAUACGGAUUGCUUCGAAUAUUUUGCAUUUUUCUAGUCUUUAGAAACGACGUAGGUGUUUGUUGCACGGCAUCUGGCGCUUUUAUGAGUACGAGGCGCGUUCACAUUAACCGCCAAUUGCCGUGCGGCACUCGGUUAUAGCUAAGUGGUAGAUGGCAAAUAAAUUAGCUCGUGGAUAUGUCUAUUAGCGGAUCCAGUCAAGCUUCACUUUGACAGGUACGCAAGCAUCAAUCGCUAGAAAGAUUUCGGCGACAAACGGAGUUUUUAGCUGCUUUUAUAUAGGAUAAAUAAAUAAAUAUUUAACUAAUUAUAAUUUUAAUUGCUGAAUUGGUUCGCUCACUUGAUCUCUUUCGGAGGAUAGAAUUGAAUGAAAUUUUAUUAUCUAUAAGCUGUACGAUAUAUAGCCCAGCUGGAAGAAGAGUAACCAAGAUAAAUAAAUCAAAUUAAACCAAUAGGAACUUAUGUCCGUAUAUAUUUACUUGUAUUUAAAUUACAAGAAAUAAUUAUUUAUUUUACAUGAAAUAUGUGAAAUGUUUCAUACUGUUUAAAGAAGGUAAAAUAUUUCAAAUCGUAUACACAUACUAAAAAUUGUCAUUUGGAUUGAAUGAAUUUACUUUCGGUCUAAAGGUUCUAUAGGUUUCUUAGAUUCAUCUACGAGCAUAUUUAAUUUGCCACCAAAGGCAACUAAACACAACGCGAGUUAUUCAAAUGUAAGCGACAUGUUCUUUCUAGGCACCAAUUUUAUCGCCUUAUUGAAACUAGUCUCGAAGGAAACUAUCGCUUGUCUUCGAAAACCUUAACGUUAAGACCUACCUAACUUAGCUAUAAUGUGUAUCGCAAUUUACCACGGAUGAAACUGUUGGCCGCGUUUCUGACGCGGUAGCUGACGGCUAAUCUGAAAGCGCCUUUAGGGUGCGUCCAUACCUGACGUAAAACCGUGUGUCGGGCUUACACUUAAGUAAUUUACUGCUUUUCCAUACAUUAUGGUUACAUAAUGCGGAUGCUAUACUGUAGUCACUUCAGGACAGAGGUCUUGCGUUUAAUUUUAGAGCCUCAAUAGCUCAACGAUAAAGCGGUCGGACUCAUCACCGAGGGGUGGUGGUUGGAUCCCCGUCCCGUGUAUUGUCGUAAUACAGUCUUAUCCGACUAGUUGGAGGGGAAUGGAAAUAUUGGUCAUAUGGAUGGAUGGAUCCAAUUGGGAAAAAAACCCAAAUUAGACAACUUAUUUCACUUACUUUAAUUUGGUCUGGUCUGUCUAUAUUACACCAUUAGGCCCUAUAAAUGUAAUAGGGCCUAUCCUAAGCAAUCUUUUGAUCAGUGGCUACCAUCAAUGCACUUUUCGGUGAAAGGUCGCCUUGCACCUUUAAAUUAAAACUGCAGUCCAAUGUUAACAUGAAAAAAAUGAUGUUUAGUUCGUGAUGAUGACGGCGAUGAUUGAUGAUGUGUCGACUUUGGUUUUAUCAUCUUAACUAAAGAGUGCCGGUUAUAGUGGCAUAACCGAAGUGUGUUAUGAAAGCCUUGUUACAGUUUGCGGUUAAUUACGUCAAGUAUGGAUGCCUUCUCGAUGCCGUGUCGAGAUGUUCGAAUAUUAUUUAGGAAAACGUGUUUAGAAUUCUUUUAUGUUAAUUUUAGAUGUAAAGUCUGGUUGGGAGAUGUCGUUUAAUGAAAAGCAAACGCAAUGUUAUACUCCGCGCCAAACAUCUAGUCCGCUCUUAAGUUGCUCACGAACUGCGCACAAAUAAUAUACCCGCUAAGAAAUGCUUUUGCGCCUCGUGUUCAGUGCGGACUAGAACUUUGGCACGAUUUAUAUGACACUCGAUAUUGUAUGAAGAGCAAUAAUUCUUUGUUAUGAUUUACUUGUCUUUACUUACACUGGUAAUUACUUGGUAUACUGUACGCAAUUAUGAAUGUUUGUGUAGAUUUUGAUACUGUUGCAAUACUGUUAGAAUGAGAGAUUAUUUCAUUGUAGCUUAGUGGUAGGGAAGAUCGAGCGUUGAAGUGCGUUUGACCUAUGCAAGUUUGAGCAUUAUUUACCAUAAUCAUUAUUCUUUAACCUUAUCUUCUUUUGUUGUAUUGUGUUUAACUGUAGAUUAUAGUUUUUUAGUGUUACCAUAUUUAGUUUGAGGGGUGAGAAUAUUUUUCAUGUUUAAAAGACGUGACCAAUAUUAUUCAAGGACAUUUAUGAGUACAAGCAAAUGUCAUUGACAGAAAUUGUCAAGCCUUGAAAGGGAAGAAUGAAAGGUUCUUCGACUCCUCUCAGUUGAAGGUUAAGAGGUUGAUUAACCCAAGAUUAUGUAAAGAUAUUAUGUCUCAAUACGUGUAUUUAAAAACAAUAUAUACCUAUUCGUACACGUACUCGUAGAUGGCAAUGUAAAUGCUAUUUGCAGCUUUAUUAGAAUGGGUUAAGGUUGACAUUAUGAAUUAUCGCAAACAAUGCUCUGCUCUUUAACGCUCGGUUUGCUCUAACCAAUACUGUGUUUUGAGUUUGCUCCACGGUUUUAUUGUCACUUAUGUUUUUUAACUUUCACUUAUUACGUUUUAUGUUGUUUUGUAAAGUAGGCUUCAUAGGACUCGACCGGUGACUGCAAGACUACGUGUAGUAAUAAAUUAUUUUUACUUGGUAUCUGGACACGUUCGCACGCGUGACUUCUUUAGUGAUCAACUUGAUGAUUAAACCAGGUGUUCCCAAUCUUUUUCAUCCCGCGGUAUGAAACCACUUAAGUAUUUUGUCACGGCGGCCUACCCUUUGAAAAAGUAAGAAAUAGGCAACUAUAAUAAUAGUUGACAUAAGUAGGUACCUAUGUUCUUUAUCAAUGCGAGCGCUCAAAUGUUUUUGGCUUCGGAUAGUGAAUGAGGAACGACUCACGGCGCCCCUCUUAACAUUCUACGGCGCACACUUUGGGAACCACUGGAUUAAACGAUAGACAUGUCGUCCCAACCACUCAAUUUACAGCAGCGUUCCUGCCGACCGGUCGUAUCCUUAGCUGCUUAUGUGUGUGACUAUCGCGUCCCAGGCAUAACGUCCGGACGUAUGCUCUCUCCCAAUCGAUUUACAAUUUUAGGAGGAAGCCUGAAACUGGAGCCCGUGACUAAAUAUGCUCAGAGGCACAAUUAUCAGCCCAAUUUAAUAUACUCGUGUCAUACAUAAAGUUGGCCGAUAAUUGUGCCUCUGAGUAUAGUUGCGGAGUAAAUGUUAGCUUGGUUGAGUAAAUGUUAGCUUGGUUUAGACCUACUCGUAUAAUGCGGCUGUCAAGGAGUUAAAAUGUGAUUGGGAACGAUAUCUUGCAUUCACUCAUAGAAAAUACACGAACAUAAUGUGUCAAGGUGCCAAGUAAAUAUGAUUUAGAUUAAUCUGCACAAAAAUACUUGAGUAUCAAGUAUUUUUGUGCAGAUUUUAGCUCACCGAUGCAAGGUUUUACUUGCACGCGACAUUUGCUCGAAUUUGCGCAAACUAUAGUUAGCAUUUUGCUUGCAAGUUCUACAUUGUAUUUGCAGGUAUAUUUAAUUCUUUACUGCUUGUAAGUUGUAACUUGCAAUCGAAAAUGUGAUGUUACUGAGAGUUUGCGUCCUAACCGAUGGGCCACGACAAGGUGAAUCACUCUGUGCUGCAAGCGUCACUGUUGAGCGUUGUAAAUGCUAAAAUAUGCCUAGUGCUGCAAAUUAUAUCUUUUACUAUAUUUGAUGUGAGCGGAUUUAUGCCAGUGUCAAUAAUUGCGAUAUAAAUAAAUCGCUUACUUUAACAGACAGAACUCUGGUUUAGAGCUGAAGUGUAUAUUGUGAGACGCUCUAACAGAAUUAAUGAAGUUCGUGGCUUUAGUUUUCGCUAUGGAGGAAACAGGAAUCCUACACCAUUUCAUGUAGCUAAAAAGGCAUCUCAAGGUUUUUACAAAUUUCAGUCAAUUCAUUAGGAUGGUCUAUUGAAAAUUUACUCUCGCUCAUUCUUGUUGUGACGUUCGAUCCGUCCACACCUCUUGUUGGAUAAACAUUUUUUUAUUAGAGAUGGUUUACCUUACUCUGUGCCUCUAAUAGUUUUGACGCUUAAAAAUGACGCUUGUAGCCAACAGCUGACGCUACAGUUUCGGGGCCCAGGCAUAUUAGGUUAGUUGGUCAGUCUGUGCGUGGCCUUUCUGUGGCGGUUUUUAAGCGGCGCUUGUGGUCUGAGCUGGACUGGUCCUUCGAGAUCGCUUUGCCCUGUGAUGUGAAGGCCAAUAGAUAAUUUUGUAACAAAAGUGUAUAACUAACAAAUGUUUAAUUAUUAAUUUAGUGUAACUGUAACUUUACCACGUUGAAUAACUAUCUUUAUAAAAAAAAAAUAUAUUUUAUUAUUUCGUUGUUGCACUGGUUUUGUUACGUUCGAUGUUAUUAUUUUGUGUUUAAAAUCCACCUGAAUAUUGUAAAUAGAUUGUAUCUUACUCCCUAUGUUUAGUUACUGGAUGUCGAAGACUUUUGUUUAUUUUAUGGAGAAUAUGGAUUAAUGACAUUCAAUGUGGAUGUACUGAUAAAUUAUUAUUACAAAUAAUAUUGAUUUGUUUAAAA